AUGCCCUUUUUCAACGCAAUCCAAUCUCAUCCUUCUGUUGAAUCUGUGAUCCGCUUCCUUCAGCUACAAUUCGCUUCCAAUCUCUUUAAUGGGAAUGAUAUCAAGGAAUUGGUGUUGGAGUUGGGAGAAGAGGAGUUUUUUAGAAUGCCUUCAAGCCUUUUCAAUUGUAGAAAGUUGAAUAGGUUGGAGCUCUCGCGGUGCGAGUUGGAUCCGUUGCGUAGUUUUAAGGGUUUUUUGUGCUUGAGGAAUCUCAACCUUCAUCAAGUUUUGAUAUCUCAUGAUGCAGUUGAGAACCUUAUUUCCAAAUGCCCUCUCUUGGAGAGUUUAUCACUGUCUUAUUUUAAUAAUUUGGCUCUAACUAUCUGUGUCCCGAAUCUUAAGUACUUGUAUCUUGAAAGUGAAUUCAAGGAUAUAUGUCUUGAAGAUACUCCACUUUUGAUUGAAUUCUCUAUUGCUAUGUACAUGACUGAUGACAUUGCUAUGCAUUUUGAGCAAAACUCAAACUGUAAUUUUGUCAAGUUUCUUGGUGGUGUGCCUAAUCUUGAGAAGCUUGUCGGCCAUACCUACUUCACAAAGUUUCUUGAAGUACUUGAGCGUAGGGAUUGA